UUGGGCGGCGGGAAAUGUAGUCUUGGUUGAGAAGAGGGCGCGUUUGUGGGUACAGUACAGCGUCGCUUUGCCUGUGGAGCGCCCCGCCCACCCCGAGACCGGAAGUGCCCGCGAGGGCCGACUGGGGGCCGGUUGAUGGAGGCUGCGAGCGGGCUUGGCUCGGGGCGGGAUGCUGUCGCUGGGGCUGCUCUGGCGGGCGCUCUCUAGCGGGGGGCAUGAGGCCCGGGAGAAGGAGGACGACCAGCAGGCCCACCACCGGCCCGAGGCCCCGAGCAGAACCGCCGCCGCUGCCAUGGAGCAGGAGCGGGCCCUGGAGGUCUACGAUAUAAUUCGAACUAUCCGGGACCCAGAGAAGCCCAACACUUUAGAAGAACUAGACGUGGUAACAGAAAGCUGCGUUGAAGUGCAUGAAAUUGGGGAAGAUGAAUAUUUGGUCACAAUCAGGUUUACACCAACGGUACCUCAUUGCUCUUUGGCCACUCUCAUAGGGCUGUGUUUGAGGAUCAAGCUGCAGAGAUGUUUGCCUUUUAAACACAAGUUGGAAAUCUACAUUUCAGAGGGAGCGCAUUCCACGGAGGAGGACAUUAACAAGCAGAUAAAUGACAAAGAGAGAGUCGCUGCUGCAAUGGAGAAUCCUCACUUGCGGGAGAUUGUGGAGCAGUGUGUUCUGGAUCCAGACUAGCAACCGUGACAGCAGCUCCUGUUGACCUGGGAUCUUUCUGGCACUUUGGUGUUCAUGUCUUUUUGGGUGGGGAAUGGAGGCCUUGAAUUUGAUACUGGACAGUUCUUUGUACCUCCUGUAUAUUUUUAAUAAAUUAUUUUAU